CCGACCCAACACCACCACCAACCACCCGAUUCCACCCACCCACCACCUCCCUCCUCAUCUACCCAGCAACUCUCCUCCUCGGCUGCCUCUUCUCCAUCCUCUCUCCAACCGCCCAACCCGACACCUCAGCCUCCACCUCCAACGCCCCCGCCACCCCCUAGCCCCUCCAUCGCCUCCGACCUCAACCUCCCCCUCCCCCCACCCCACCCAGUCAACUACUUCGCCCGCAAAGACAACAUCUUCAAUCUCUAUUUCGUGAAAAUCGGCUGGUUCUGGACAACCUUGGCUGUGGUAUUGAUUCUGGUUUCGCAACCCGCGUACACGCAUGUUCGCGCCCGGAUUCAUCGCGCUAGAAGAACCGUUCAGGUCGGUCUGAGAUGGGGAUGUGCGACAAUCGUGUGGUAUGCAGUUACGCAGUGGUUCUUCGGGCCCCCGAUUAUGGAUCGUGGGUUUGUGUUGACCGGGGGUGGGUGUGAACGGGUGGUACCGGUUGUGGAGAAUGAGGGUGUUGAGGGAGUGGAUAUGAAAACGGUGGUUACGGCUGUGGCGUGUAAGUCGGUGGGUGGGGCGUGGAGAGGUGGGCAUGAUGUUAGUGGGCAUGUGUUUUUGUUGGUGGUUAUGGUUUCAAUGGUGGUUUUUGAGGUUGUGGGGGGGAGGUUGCAGGGGGGGUGGGGAUGGAGAUGGGGAGGGGAGGGGGAGGAUGGGGAGAUGGUGCUGGUGGGGGAUGGUGUGAGGGUUUGGUCGGUGCGGUUUGCCUGGACGGUUGCUGGGUUGGGGUGGUGGAUGUUGUUGAUGACGGCGAUUUGGUUUCAUACGUGGUUUGAGAAGGUCACUGGAUUGUUGAUUGCCCUGGGGACGGUCUACGUGAUUUAUAUCCUGCCCCGACGGGUCAUCGAGUGGAGGAAUGUGGUGGGAUUGCCGGGAGUAUAGAUAUACAUGGAUGGGUGGCUGCUAAUGAUAGAUUUAUAUGGAUAUGGGUUGGUGUAGAGGACACGAUGAAUGCUACGCUUCUUCUUUCUUUCUUCUUUCCGUCUAGUCGUAGAACGUCCGCUCUGGUAUGACAGGCUC